GCCAUACAGUAGAGGAAGACAGAAAGACUUCCGCGUACAGACGUUUAAUGUAUUUUCAGGUGAAAUAUGCCCCGUUACUGUGCUGUAAAACUUUGCAAAAAUCGUGGAGGAACACCCUCUAAAGAAAACAAGAGAAUAAGCUUUUACCCGUUCCCUUUGCAAGAUGAGGUCAGGCUGCAGAUAUGGGUAGACAACAUGAAGCGAGAGGAGUGGACCCCCAGCAGACACCAGUACCUGUGUAGUGAACAUUUCACUGAGGACUGCUUUGACCUGCGAUGGGGGAUCCGGUACCUGAAACACACGGCCUUCCCUACCAUCUUCCCUCACACACACGAUGAUGCAGAUAAAACCGUUUCCACCAGUAAGAACACCACCAAGCCCAAAACCAGGAUAUGCGACGCCAACAUUGAACUCAUCCGCUCCCCCUCCCCUCCUGGCAAGAAUACACCUCUGAUUCUGAAAAGGACAGUCAGAGUGGAACCAGUCGUGGUGAGUGUCACUCCUGUCCUUAACCCUGAGGAUGCCAGUGAAUCUACGGUCACUACACUGUUAUAUGAAAGACCGCUUGUUUCAGACACAGAGGCCUCUACUCCUAGUGAAAUGGUCCUGGGGGAGGUGAUGCUCUCAGAGACCCAGGCUGCAGUGUGUGAGGUGAACAGAGAACUAUCUGGAGACAGUGGUGGGAUACUGACAGCCUCAUGCUUGAACCUGUCUGGUGAGACACAGACACUGCAGCAGCUGGAUACACUGGACUCCACUGUGACUGUGCUCUGCUGUGAAUCCCUCGUCCCUGUCGGCCAUUUGUCUGAAUGUGAAGCCACGGUGGACGCCCUCGGUCAGACGUUUAGGAUCUUCCCUCUGGAGCUGCGGAGGGAGGAGUGGGUGGAGGAGGGGGGACACAUCUCUGUGUACGAGCACUCCUACUCCAAACAGGACACGGACCAGGAACAGCUGUGGAGGAAGACAGCCAGCCUCCACACCAAGAUCAUGGAGCUGGAUAGGAGAGAGGAAAGCACCGUGGCUAAAAUACGAUCGCUUGAGAUCGAGAUGGCACAUCUGAAGAAGAGCAACAUUGUUUUAAAAGACAAGCAGAAAUUACUGGAGGACUAUAUUACUUCUGCGUUGCUCUGAUGUCUUAACCGUAGUGCUUUGUUUCCAUUAACAACAGUCUUUCUAAUGAGAUGUAUUUUGUAUAGUUAUUACAGUCUCAAUCACUUGUACUUAUUUCUUAUCUGUUUACAUGUUUCACCAGAGUUAUAUUACUUACUAGUAGUGAGGCCCUUCUCAAAGAGCGUUGACAAGGCUAGAAUCUGUUCUCCAGCUCGUUCUAGUCCUUCCGUUUGUCUCCACUAGGUGGCACUGUGUCUUUAGGACAGGCCCUGGCACGAUGCACUACUGUUUCAUGUUUCGACAUCACUGACUGACAUAUUGUCAAUAUUAGUCGUGUAAUUUGGAGCGUUUUAAGGGAAGUGAUAUUCCCUAUUCUUGUGCUACAGAUGGCUGCUUGUUUUAUUCAAUGGUAUAGUAUUCAGAUAUCAUAUCAAAUCUACUGUGCUACAGUUGGCUGCUUGUUUUAUUGAAUGGUAUAGUAUUUGUAUCUCAUAUCAAAUCUACUGUGCUACAGUUGGCUGCUUGUUUUAUUGAAUGGUAUAGUAUUCAUAUAUCAUAUCAAAUCUACUGUGCUACAGUUGGCUGCUUGUUUUAUUGAAUGGUAUAGUAUUGUAUCUCAUAUCAAAUCUACUGUGCGGUCAUACGGAUCCUUACUUUGCUGGUUAUUAAUGUAUGAAAAGGCAUGUGUUUUUCACUAAUGUUUUAUAUUUAUUAGGAUAAUAACAAGCAGCCUGCAGUAAGUAUCUGAGUGACUGAGGCGACUACACCGUUUUAGGUGCAUCUUCUUGGUUCUAAUUCAUAGUUGAAUAGGAAAAGGUGCAAUGCUUUGUUCACUAUUCAAAAGAAAAAAUGUAUUCAAGCAACUAUUAAAAGCUUGACGUUUCGGGCCUUCAUCGAUUGCCUUAAAUAGACAGGUUCUGAUAAAUGAACCGGUUCUGGUGAAGACCAUUGAACGCCGAAACGUCAAGCUUUUAAUGCUUUCUCAAAUAAAAUAAUAUAUUUGAAUGUUAACCAAGCUUUGCACCUUUUUGAUGAUGUAACUGGUUGCUCCUUGACUCCCAUUGGUUGGACGUCCUCUACUUCUUUCCAUAAAGAAAUUAAAUGGUCAACUGAUUUCUCAUCAAUGAAAA